CGUCAAGCGGCCGUCGCGCCGGCGGCAGUGGUGCGCAAGAGCCAAGCGGCAGCUCUUGGAGAGGCAGCACAGAGUUGUCUUCUCUAUGGGAGCAGCAGUGUGCGGCGGAGACCCCCGGGUCCCAGCCUCUGAGGGACCCCGCUGCGAGGGCAGCGGUCGCUGAAGGCGGGGCUGGGGGUCACAGCAGAGACGGCGGUGGCAGCAGCGGGCCAGUUCAAUAGACAGGAUGCACUGCCGCGCAGGCGGUCCGCAGCUCCUGUUCGAGUGCUCCUGAAAGCGCGAUGCUACCAAUCCCUCCUCAGGAAGAGCCCUGGGACCAAGACAUGGAGGUGUUCGGUGGCGGCGGCGGCGGCACGAACAGUGGCGAGUAUGUUUUAGGUAUUGUAGAGAUUUAACAAUGGGUCUCUCUACCUCAGCAAUUUGGAAAAAUACUCAAGUGGAAAUUGUUAAUCCCUAUGAAGUAAAACGAAAGGUGAAGGUAAAUGGUCUUAAAAUGGUUGAUGAGCCAAUGGAAGAGGGAGAAGCAGAUUCUUGCCUUGAUGAAGGUGUGGUUAAAGAAAUCCCUAUCAUUCACCAUGUUAAGGAAGGUUAUGAGAAAGCAGAUCCUGCACAAUUUGAGUUGCUCAAGGUUCUUGGUCAGGGAUCAUUUGGAAAGGUGUUUCUGGUUAGAAAGAAGACUGGACCUGAUGCUGGACAGCUCUAUGCAAUGAAGGUGUUAAAAAAAGCUUCUUUAAAAGUUCGAGACCGAGUUCGGACAAAGAUGGAGAGGGAUAUACUGGUGGAAGUAAAUCAUCCAUUUAUUGUCAAACUGCACUAUGCUUUUCAGACUGAAGGGAAGCUGUAUUUAAUAUUGGAUUUUCUCAGGGGAGGAGAUGUCUUUACAAGAUUAUCCAAAGAGGUUCUGUUUACAGAGGAAGAUGUGAAAUUUUACCUCGCAGAACUGGCCCUUGCUUUGGAUCAUCUGCAUCAAUUAGGAAUUGUAUAUAGAGACCUGAAGCCAGAAAACAUUUUGCUUGAUGAAAUAGGACAUAUCAAGUUAACAGACUUUGGACUCAGCAAGGAGUCAGUAGAUCAGGAAAAGAAGGCCUACUCAUUUUGUGGUACAGUGGAGUAUAUGGCUCCUGAAGUAGUAAAUAGGAGAGGCCAUUCACAGAGUGCUGAUUGGUGGUCAUAUGGUGUACUUAUGUUUGAAAUGCUUACUGGUACUCUGCCAUUUCAAGGUAAAGACAGAAAUGAGACCAUGAAUAUGAUAUUAAAAGCAAAACUUGGAAUGCCUCAGUUUCUUAGUGCUGAAGCACAGAGUCUUCUAAGGAUGUUAUUCAAAAGAAAUCCAUCAAAUAGAUUAGGUUCAGAAGGAGUUGAGGAAAUUAAAAGACAUCUUUUUUUUGCAAAUAUUGACUGGAAUAAAUUAUAUAAAAGAGAAGUUCAACCACCUUUCAAACCUGCUUCUGGAAAACCAGAUGAUACUUUUUGUUUUGAUCCUGAAUUUACUGCAAAAACGCCCAAAGAUUCUCCUGGUUUGCCAGCUAGUGCAAAUGCUCAUCAGCUUUUCAAAGGAUUUAGCUUUGUUGCAACUUCUAUUGCCGAAGAAUAUAAAAUCACUCCAAUCAUAAGUGCAAACGUAUUGCCAGUUGUUCAGAUAAAUGGAAAUGCUGCACAAUUUGGUGAAAUAUAUGAAUUGAAAGAGGAUAUUGGUGUUGGCUCUUAUUCUGUUUGCAAGCGAUGUAUACAUACAGCUACCAACUUGGAAUUUGCAGUGAAGAUCAUUGACAAAAGUAAGCGAGACCCCUCAGAAGAAAUUGAAAUUUUGAUGCGCUAUGGACAGCAUCCCAACAUUAUUACUUUAAAGGAUGUCUUUGAUGAUGGUAGAUAUGUUUACCUUGUUACGGAUUUGAUGAAAGGAGGAGAACUACUGGACCGUAUUCUCAAGCAAAAAUGUUUCUCAGAACAGGAAGCUAGUGAUGUACUGUAUGUAAUAACUAAGACAGUUGAUUAUCUUCAUUGUCAAGGAGUUGUUCAUCGUGAUCUUAAACCUAGUAAUAUUUUAUACAUGGAUGAAUCAGCGAAUGCAGAUUCAAUUAGGAUCUGUGAUUUUGGGUUUGCAAAACAACUUCGAGGAGAAAAUGGACUUCUCUUAACUCCCUGCUACACUGCAAACUUUGUAGCACCUGAGGUUCUUAUGCAGCAGGGAUAUGAUGCUGCUUGUGAUAUUUGGAGUUUAGGAGUCCUUUUUUACACGAUGUUGGCUGGCUACACUCCAUUUGCUAAUGGCCCCAAUGAUACUCCUGAAGAGAUACUGCUUCGUAUAGGCAAUGGCAAGUUCUCUUUGAGUGGUGGAAACUGGGAUAAUAUUUCAGAUGGAGCAAAGGAUUUGCUUUCCCAUAUGCUUCAUAUGGACCCUCAUCAGAGAUACACUACUGAACAAGUAUUAAAGCACUCAUGGAUAACCCACAGGGAUCAGCUGCCGAAUGAUCAGCCAAAUAGAAAUGAUUCAUCACACAUUGUUAAGGGAGAAGUUGUUGCCACAUAUUCUGCCCUGACUCACAAGACUUUUCAACCAAUCCUAGAGCCUGUAGCUGCUUCAAGCUUAGCUCAGCGACGGAGCAUGAAAAAGCGAACAUCAACUGGCUUGUAAGAUUUGCAGUGUUCCUCAGCUAAACAGGAUGAAGAGAAAAUUAAACAUGUGGCUUUUUGCCUAAUCUUAUAUCAAUAGCAUUGUUUUCUGCUAUAUUACUUGAAUAUUCUGUUUAGACCCUUUUUUAAGGGGAGUGAAGUUAAAAAAAAAAAAAACAGGUCCACAAUAUUCAUACUGUGUUGUUUGUAGUCAUGUCCAAGUGUUUGUAUCAGGAAAUAAUUGUAAUCCACAGGUCUUAAAAACUUCUCUGCACAUACAUGUCUAAAAUUCUUUUCAAGUAAAAUUAUUCUUAGUUUUAGUGGAUUCAAAUAAUAAUGGUCUAGAAAUCAUGCUUUUAGUGUAAUGCCAAGCAACGUCAGUAUUUUUUUAACAUCUGAUCUUGAAGGAUAGGCUUUUUUUUUUCUACAAAGAAAAGCAAAUGUGUGGAAGUUUGUUGUGCAUAACCAAAGGACUCCAUUCAUUUAUGGCUACUAAAUUAUUGUCAUAGUAGUUUGGUGCCAGAGUGAGAUGCAUUUAUCCUAAUAUAUGAUAUGAUUGGUGCCAAAGUUUUUAUGGAAGAAUUAAAUCACCAGUAAUGUGUGAGACAGACCUAAAUAUUUAUCCAUAAGUGGACUCAUCUAGGAAUGGUUUUCAUAAGGUUUCUAACAAUUUACAACAGAAUUGUUGUACAAAUGAAAAAAUAUCAAAAGACUUUAUACUGGUGUUAUAAUCUUCCAAACAGGUCAUAGUUAGUCCUUUGAUAAUAAAGUACAUGGUGUUAACACUAUCUUGGUGUUAUGUAACCAGACUUUCAAGUUCACUAAUUGGAUUUAGUCAUCAUCUAUCCCCUUUAUAAAUGAACUACACUGUUAUUUUUCUGAUUUCUAUGUGCUUUGAGCUACAAUGUAGCAUACCAAUCUACCUUGAAUCCUAUGAUUAUAUAGUUGAAAUUGUAUUGUAGUGGACUUGUGCUCUUAGCACAUAUGGUAUAGUAUAAUGUAUUUCAGUAACUUUAGACAGUGCUACAUAAUAGUUAUGCUUUGAGAAGAAAAACUAACAUUUUAAAUAGGAGUAAUAUUAAUCCUCUACAAAAAGGUUGAGCACAUUUAAAAAUCAUAUUUAUAAAAGAUAUCUGGCCAAAUUGGUCUUAUUAAAUUUAUGAUUCAGAACCACUGUGUUAAUAUGAAUUGUUUUCUCUAAAUACUGAAAUUUAAAAAAAAUUGUUUGUGUUGUUGAAUAAAAUACCAUUACUACUACUACUACUACUACUACUACUACUGACAGAAAGAACUCAUGAAUGUAAUUUGCAGGAUAUCAUAGUUUUGUUUAAUGAAUAUAAGUGAACUACUUGUGUGUGCUAGAUGUACUGUUUGCUGUGUGUUUUUUUCUUAAUUCAGAGACAGUUGAUUGCUGAGUAUACAGUUUAGGCUAGAAGACAUGUACCUUUGGUAUUUAAUAAACCAAUUAUACAUCUUAUCUUUAUAAUGUAAGUGAUCUAUACCAUGCACAAAAAUCUGUUUCUGGGUGUAAUAUAUAAAAGUAUGUGUUCUUAUUUUGAGGUGAUUUUUGAAACAUUUAAAAAACAUUAAAAAUAUCUAAUACUACAUGGAAAUAUUACUUAGAAGUGGUUAAAUUGGUACUAUAUUUUGUGGCUCUUUAUGUUCCAAUUUGGCUUUUUUAUUCUUCAUUUUGCUUAAUUACAUUAAGUGCUUGCAUGUAACAGUUUGUGUCCAUAUAUUUAUUUUCCUCUUGUCAUUAUCUUGUUUGUGUUGUUAUGCCAUCUUCUUAUCAGAAUUGAUACAUCAAACUCAGAGGUAUAAUUUCAGUGCUAAACUUUUCAGCACAAAUAUUAUAUCCAUAUAUACUUUUCAUGUAAUAAAAUUAAGGGAAGUGAAAUUGAAAAAUGAUCAGAAAAUAAACUUCUGGCUUUUUAUAUUCAAUGGUUUUUAAAAGUAGAUGGUCAAUUUUCAGUUAUUAUGUUCAAAAAGAUCAUAUCACACAGUUCCAUCAUGAAAGGAACACUGUAAGAAAUAAGCAGUGAUCAUUAUGAUUCCUCAUCACCCAGUGAGGACUGACAGUCUGAAAGAUACAAGUGGAUAUACCCAAUAAUUGUAAAACAGUUUUCUGCUGGAAUAUGUAAACAUGCAAAACUAAGAACUAUAGUAGUAAGGACAACUUUAUUAUAAAGGAAAGCUUAAAAUGUACCCUCAUUUUGUAGGAGGUGCCCAGCUAGGGAUGCCUAAUUAUCUACUUUUUGGCUAUAACUCUAACCAUAAAUUUAGAUUUGAAUGGAACAUUUUUAAUGAGACUUCUAUAAAUGCUUGACCAACAAAAUGAUUCUGUGGUUUCUAAUAGAUUCAUGAAUUAAUUACAUUGUUUUUCUUUCCAGUUAAUGGUUAUUUAUAAUAUUUAAUGAUAUAACAGUUUGAGUUUUUUUUUCUGAAAGGGAGACAAUAUUGAACUUAUUUAUUAUUUUUCUUAAAGGAAAAUACCAAAUUUGCUCAGUAGAUUAACAGUCUUUCAUUCUAAGGCACAUAUUACCAUGAAUACACUCAGGAAACCAUUUGCAAGAAAAUUAGAAGUGUAGCACUGUUGACUGAUUUUUGUGGGUAAAACAGUAGUUUCCGUUCUUUUAUGAAGAUAAAAUUUGAGCCUGUUUUUGUUAGAUUCAGGAAUACCUAAACCUUGUUAUUUGUAGUUUAUUUUCAUUCGUUACUAGAUAUAAUAAAACAUUUUUGUUGGCUCUUCUGGUUAGCUCAAAAUGAUUUCAUGUUAGGCAUCCCACAAACUUAAUAAAAGAUAUUUGGUGUUUAUAACAUCUCCCCCAUUGAAACAAUAUGUUAAAAUAGUACUGCCCAUGGACACUUAUUCAUACAUAUUGAAUAGUCUUAUUCUAAUAGUAAGAGGCCUUUCAUGGAUAAAGAAGGAAAAUAAAACAAUACUUACUUUACACUAGAAAAAUUAUAUUUCCACCAAGGCAGAGUUUGUCUUUGGCACUCUACAUUCUCUUUCUGCUGCUUUCCUACUUAAACACCUCACGGGGACUACUCCAUCAUUAAGAUUUAUCAUGUUUUCUGUGUGCCAAAAGGGCCUCAAUCCUUUUUUCUUCCCCAUAUCAGGACUUCCAUUCCCUCAGAACGAUUAUUUUCAGCUAAAAAGUGAAAUGCAUGCUGUCUCAUUAAAUUACUUCACAUUUUUCCAAUAUUGGCUAAUAGAUAAUUGGCAUUUUCUAAGGAAUAUGUCCACUAAACAGACAGGUUUCUAGUUUAUAGGAGUUUCAGAAAUUCUAACAAAAAGAAAUUAAUUUUAAAUUCAGUUAUUAGUGAAGGUUUUUUUGGGGGUGUGUGUGUGUGUGUGUGUGUGUGUAAAGAACUUACACAGUAGGUCCAAGGUUCAAUUAUAUAAUAAAUUAUUUCUUUUUUCCAUAGUACUUUCUGAUUUUCAGUCUUCAUUUUCUUUUACCAUCUUCUAAGCUUUUUGGUAGUAAUGAACUUCUGUUACAAAAUAGUAUGGAGAGAGUCUGUGAUUGAUGAUCAUUUCUGUAUAUGUUGUUAAGCCCAUAUUUGUCUGUAUUCUUUUUUCUCAAAGUACAUAAUUUGUAACACAAGGACUUUUAUACCUCCUCCCAUUAUAUUGGUAGAGAAUAAAAGCACAGAGAGUUUGGAUGCAAACUAUCUAUGGAUCCCAAGUUUUUAAACACUUUGUCUAGAUUUCAGGAUGUAUAAAUCCUAUUUAUCAUUUAUUUUGCAAGAAAAAUGCAAGCCAUAAUAGAUAUUGGUCAACUGCAAUUAAACUGUUUUAGAACAUGUUUUUUUACAUUCCAACACUUAUCCAGGCAUAGUUUAGCAUUUAUCUCAAGAUCUGCAGCUGAAAUUAGUAGAAUAAAUCAGUAUUGUUGUUAUCUGCCUUCCUAUGAAGAAUGUAAUAGCAUUGAUAGUGAUUAUUCACAACAUAUUAAUCUCAUGAAUACACUAUUCCUAGUUUUAGUCUUACAAAAUAGUGAAAUCUGUCAUACUUCAAGUAAAUUAAUUUGAUUGAUUUACUGAUUUGAUUGACGGGAGGAAAUGGAAGUUGAUAAAUCCUAAAUUAUAGGCAUAGCUUUCUUUGAAAUAUGAAGCAGAAGACAAAGGAAAAGUACUUUUAGGAUAGACAAAUUUAAGCUUACUUAUAUUGUAUUGGCAAAUGAUGCAUCUUUCAAUUAUUAUCUAGCAAGAAAUUUAGCUAAAUGCUUAUAUAUACAUAUGUGUUUUUUGUUAUGUGUAUGUUUGUGCAUGUGUGUACACACAUACACAAUUGCCAUGUUAGGGUUUGUUCUGUGUUUACAUUUUUAAACUCUGGAUAAUGGGAAUUCUUUGGAUGACUGUUUUACUUUCUAGUUGUCUAGUUAUGGAAACUACUCUUCAAAAGAUUUAUUAAUUUUAUGUGGGAUAGUUUUAGAGUAUGUUGAAAUAAGUGCAUUAGUUUUUUAAUAAUUUAUAUCGUGACCAAUUAUUUACUUUUUUCUUUCCUAUCAACUAAUAUUGCUCAGAUCAUAUUUGAUUUUUCUGUUUGAAUACCUUCUCUCUGAUAUGGAUACCACUUAUAGCAAAAAUGUAAGUUUUUUUAGUAUGAUAAAAUUAUAUUUAAUGGCAAGAAAGCAGCCUAGUAAGAAACCAUCAUUUUUAAAGCUAUAUAUAAAAUCUUAAUUAAACAUGCAAAUUCUAGCAUGAUUUUGAAAUAGAAAAUUAUAUGGCACUAAAUUCCAUAGUACAAGAAAGGGAAAUUGUUUUUUCUGAGUUUGAUAUUUUGUUGUUGUUGUUUUGUUUUUAGACAGGAAGUAGCAUUGGCAGUUGUGAGUUACAUAGGCUUUAUGCAGAGAGCAUACUAUGCUAUAGAGACUUUAAAAAAUGAUUUGCCACCACUUCCCAAGCACUUUUGAAUUUAUAUACCUACUUUCUGAUAUAGAAGUAUUAAUUUACUUCCUUUUGUUGCACUUCUCAAGAUAGAAAUGGUGUUAAAUAGAAGUUAUGUAUAAAUUUGAUUCACAUGUAGUUACAAACUUAAAAGCUACAAUUGAAAAAAAGGACCCCAGUGUUCAGAUAAAUCUAUUUUCUCUUUUUGACUAUUAUAAAUUUUAUGCCAUUAUUUAUCUUACAAAUAUUUUCUUUAAAGCACAGUUCUUUUUGGCAUUGAAGUUUUGAUUCAUUGUAUCACACUUUUCAUCACAUAAACCAAAUCCAGUAGUGUAUUUUUACAAUGUUUUUCCCUCACAGUGCUGCUAAAGAAAUGGCUAUCAUUUUGAAUAUAUAACAUGCCAAAGAAGACAUAAAAUUUAUAUAUUUUUUGUUCUUGUUAAAACUCUGUGAGCAACAUUUAUCAAGAUAUCAUGUUAAAUUACUGGCAUUCUCUUGGUACUAAAUAAAAAGGCUGCAACUUUCUAACAUUU